GGUGGGAAAAGAAAACAACGCAUCAGCAGCGGCUGUGCCAGCGUGCGUCCCGUUUGUAUUACGCACGACAAGGCUGCGAACCCCCUGCAAGCUCGGGACAUCGUAAAGCCUAAAACAGACACUGCUAUGUUGAAGUGAGUUAGAUAUGACUGAUGUGGAGGCGACGUAUGAAGACUUCAUAGCCUCUGGAAGGACAGGCAGGAGGAAUGCAGUGCAUGACAUUCUGGGGGACUCCGGUGGGCUGGAUGCGAGUCAGCUCUCCCAGACUCUCUCUGAGCUCAACAUCAACAAAACAGAAGAGGGGAACGAUGGAGAGAAAAGCCAAGGUUCCUCAGACUCCGAUCCCAAACCAGAGGAAAGUAAAGAGGACGGAACAUAACAGACUCCUGUAAAAGAAGGAGGAAAGGUGGAAAUAUCCCAUCAGUUCCCUCUAGUGGCUGAUUCGAGGACUGAGCAUGGAAGAGCUGCGGUUCACACAGUGGAGGUGGCGCCCUCUGCUGGACUGUUCUCUGAGCAGCUUGGCCUUAAAGGUGCAGCUCCUACACCCUGCUGUACGGGGCUGGGCCUGCAGCUUCAGUAACGGAUGAGGCUUUAUGCUGUAGCGUCGCUGCGGAUGUGGGCAGUGACCCGGUCAGUCACCUCAAUACCAUAGCUGAUGUAGAAAUCACCUUCCCCUAGCUGAUCACCGUAGCUGUUAGCUAUUCAUCUGGAGCUAAACCUGUGAGACCUCCAGCCAGGGCUGCUGAUGCGUAGAUACAGGCAGCUGGAGACGUAGGAUUUUUAGGGUUGCUGUGCUUUUGAUGGCGGAAAACGUUGACUUUCCAAAGAAAACAGAAGAAAGACAUCGGUCAUCUUUUGAGUCUGGACAAAGGCACUUAAUUUCAGAUCAACUGCCAAAGUAGCCGUGCUAAAAUACUGAUCUCUGAGUGGUUUUUAUAUAUAUAUGCGGUGUUGUCGUUGUAAUACAUAUGAAUUAUUUUUUGAGUUGCGAUUUGAGUUGGUUUGGUUUUCUUCGAUGAUUGCAGCAGGUGUGUUUUUUUCCCUUCUUUGGUUAUUACUGAAUACACACAAGACAUUAACCUUCACGUAACACAGAUGCUGCACUCUGAAUGUUGACAAGUCUCAUCAGAACUGAGAAAUUUAAAAAGAAGCCGUCUAAAAAGAUCAUGCAUGACACAAUGAUAUAUUCAUAAUAUACUGAGAGAAUAUAUGUGUAAAGAUGUUCACAUCAUGCAGCCGUGUAACAGUGAGCUAAACGUUUCCAGUAUGUUGUGAUUUCUUGAUUGUGUGAUUUUUUUUCUAUUAC